AAUAUAAAAGCAGGUGAAUACCAACCAAAGGCAUCCAGUAUACAUCUUGGGUUUGUUGGAUUAACCAACCCUUAAAUUUAGUUUUUAUUUUUAAUUUUAAAACACUUUGUGUUUAAAUCCAAUUAAUAGAAAAUGAAAUCGAUGCUCGUUUUUGGGCUUUUGGCUGCAGUUUUACUGCUUACCAACGCUGAAGAUGUCAAAGAGAAAUCCAAAAAAGCUGAAAUUGAACCUGCACCUGCUGCCGCUGCCCCCGAUGCUACCGCAGAAAAGAAACAAGGCAAACGUGGCAUCUUCUCAUCCGGCUACGGAUAUGGCGGUGGUAUUGAGCUCGGCCAUGGCUAUGGCGGCGGUCAUGGUGGACUUUUAGGUGAUCAUGGAGCAAUCCUCGCUCAUGGUGGAGAAUAUGCUCAUGGACUUGGUCAUGAAACAGUCAAAACCAUCACUCUAGUGAAGAACGUUGCUGUUCCAUACGCCGUUGAAAAGCAUAUUCCAUAUCCAGUAGAGAAACAAGUACCAUAUCCAGUUAAGGUUGCUGUACCACAGCCCUACCCCGUUGUCAAGCAUGUUCCAUAUCCAGUUAAGCAAAUUAUUAAGGUUCCCGUUCAUAUUCCACAACCCUAUCCAGUAGAAAAGGAAGUACCAUAUCCAGUUCAUGUACCAGUUGAUCGUCCAGUUCCUUACAAGGUUCUUGUACCACAACCCUAUCCAGUUGAAAAGACCGUCCAUGUGCCAGUCAAGGUUCCAGUUGCUGCCCCAUAUCCAGUUGAAAGGAAGGUUCCAUAUCCAGUCAAGGUUCCCGUCCAUGUGCCACAACCCUAUCCAGUUGAGAAGAUUGUCCAUUAUCCAGUCAAGGUCCCAGUUGAUAACCCAGUGCCAUAUGAAGUGGCAAAACCAUACCCAGUGCCAGUUGAGAAGCCAGUUCCAUACACUGUAAUAAAGAAGGUACCAGUUGCUGUCCAUGUUCCAUAUGAUCGUCCAGUUCCAGUUCAAGUUGAUCGUCCAGUGCCUGUCCCAGUCAAGGUUCCAGUUCCAGCUCCAUAUCCAGUUGAGAAGCAUGUUCCAGUGCCAGUAGAAAGGCAAGUACCAGUGCCAGUACAUGUUCCAUAUGACCGUCCUUAUCCAGUACAUAUUGAAAAGCAUGUGCCAGUUGCCUAUGAUAGGCCUGUGCCCUACAAGGUUCCAGUUGCUGUGCCAGUUCAUGUAGAGAGUCAUGGUAUUUCUGGUCAUGGUAUUUCUGGAUAUGGUCUAGAAGGCCAUGGAUUUGAUCUCCACCAUCAUUAAGCUUUGAUUAGAAGAAAGACAAAAAAAAUUAUCAAAGAAGAAGAAAAGAGCCUAAGACAAGACAAAAACAAAACGAUUUUCCAUCUUUCACUUCUCUCCUUCUUUAAAAAAUACUCUUCCCUGAUGUGUGUCUUUUUUUAUUUAAUUUAAAAAAAAAAAAAAAUUGUUACUAGUUUAUUAGUUUUGUGAUAAAUGGAAAAUACGGAACCAUAUCAAAGCUUCUUGGAAAUGGAUCACGCCGCUUUAAGUAUUUAAAUAUCAAAGAAAAAAAAACGGAUUGAAACCCAUGACAUAUUGGAUUGAUGAGUAUCUUUCUAUUACCUGGAUAUCUCUCUCAUUCUCUAUUAUAUCUUCUUAGCCAAAAUAAAAAAAAGGAGUUGUUUUAUAAAAAAAAAAAAUAAUAAUAUACAACUGAUUGAAUAGAUGGCGCUUCAAAACAUCAAAAGUUGC